AUCCACUGUUUCGAAUUCCGCGGCAUCAGAGAUUCAGAGGACAGUAGAAUGGAGCCAAGUGGAGCUUAGGAGAUUUAUCAUUUAUGUCAAUUCAUGUUCUUCGUGAGAGCGAAUGCAACGAUUUUGUAUUCUCUUAUAUUCCUUUCAAUUCUAAUAACGACUGUGUGAUAUUCAAAAGAUUUAUAAUACAGCCCAACACAAAGGAUCACGAGUGUAACUGGAGAAGUUGAAGUAAAGUGAAUUCGCGAUUGUUUACGACCGAGAAGACAAAGAAAUUAGUUAUAAGAAAGAUAUUUGACGAGAUUUAUCUGAUCAAGAAUUGGAAAAACAAUAUUAAAAAGAUGGAGGGAUUAUGUCAUAUUGAUAUUAUGAACGUCGCCUUUAUCGGGAUGUUAUUCUGUGCCGGAAUCAACGUGGAAGCAACAGGUCAAGAUGUGAUAACAUCAACAAAUCCCGCAUCGGGAUUGGACAUCGAGACGCCUAAGAAAUUUGAUAUGAAGGCUGAUAGUAAAGUUUGCGAAUGCAUUAACUACGAUUGUGGAUGCUGUGAGCAUUUGACCUGGGAUACAGUUCAUAUGGAUGGAAUAUUAUGCACAAAUGUAAGUUAUCUAGAGUAUGAUUAUGGGAUUUCACUCACAGUGACAUAUAACAACUUGGCAAUUAUUAAUGAGACAGUUUCAGCUAGAAAUCCACCACCUAUUUGCUUUGGGGAAGACAUUGUAGAUGCAAUGGAUGUUGAAAUUUGCUUACGUAUUUAUGAUAUACAUCUACCAACGAAAAACGAUAAGUUACACAUGUGCUUUGAGAUUUUGGGAAAAAUAAUGAAACUCAAAAUUACUAAAAUACAAUUAGGUUGUAUCCAGACUGAACUGAGUAAAAAAAUAGAAUACAUAGAUAAUUUAUUUCACAAAAAGACAAAACAAGAUAUGUCGCCCAAUGUGAUUAUGGUAUAAAUAACAUACUGAACAUAGAGAGUCUCUAAAAAUUAAGUAAUAUAAAAAUUUUUCAUGUAUUUUAUAAAGUACUUUCUUAAAUUACAUCAACAUAAAAUAUAUCUUCUAAAAUACUUUUUUUAAACAACUGUUUAUUAUGUUUAAUUAUGUAAAAUUGUAACAUUUUGUAUUUUUAUAUUUUGUUACAAACAUGAUUUUUUUUCUGUAAUCCUACAGGUCUAUGUAUUAUUAAUUAAAUGAUUAUGUAUCAUAAAUGGUUUUUACGUUCACGUA